AGUCUAUAGAAGCAACUGUUAUAGUCCAGCUUGGUGCUGCCAAUCGAUUACAAGUGGCAGGUGGUUAGCCACUACAUAUCUGUUCCUAGCAACACCGCACUUCUUAUUUGAACGAAGAAUGGAAACCACCCAUAUUCAUAGAGCAAAAGCUGCUCAGAAUGAAUGCGACUGAUUCGGAUAAACCGCAUAUAGGGAUGCAUGCGAAAGGGGAAGCUUGAAAUCCAUCAUGCAUUCGGAUGCUUAUAUAUACACUACCUGGGCCGGGGAAAUGCACCAUUUGGACAUUAUCAAAAGAUCGCUGGCCGGAAUGGGUCAAGUAAUAAGGGCGCAUUUAUCGUUCAUCGAGCCCACGGCUCAACGACCGACAUAACUCCGAAUGUCAGGCCGGCUGUGACAAAAAUGAAAGCGAUCAUCACGCAAAGAUUCGAUAUCAACAGCGCUGAGGUUGAUGCAGAGCCUGAUAACCGGCUCCUUGUUUGGGGGGACAUCAAACCAACGUAUUAAAGUCAUGAUCGGGUGAAGUCAACGCCGACGCAGGAGUAAGAAACCAUUUAAACCUACGUCAUGUUUAUGGCUCUAUAAUCCUACUUAUAC